AGGUGAGAUGGACGUCAACCGAUUUGAAAGGAGAUGGCUCCAACAAAAAAUGUUCCGCUACGGCGGAAAGGGAGGGUCCUUUGGGAAAAUGGUAAGAUGCAUCGUGGGGUGGGGCUUUUGUGUUGGCACCGCAUGUUAGAAAUAGCAUGGCGGAUAGUUCGGAUAACCACAAUUCUCCCUCAUAUAUGGAAUGAAGUUUUGAAUUUUGGGGAGCCCAUGGGCCCCUCUUUGAUGUCCAAACCCAUCCAGAAAGAUAAAUGAACUUUGACCUUGAACAACUUUAAUUAUUUAUUUCAUUUAUUUAUUUGCAUUGUAGCCCGUAGCAAUGCAUGGACAUUCUACUAGUAUACCUUAUAGAAUGCGAUCAUGUUAGUGACUGAACUGGUUGAUCAACUACUGGAGGAGCAAAAAAAACUACUAGAGGAGUAUCUGGAAUGGAGUGUUGAAUUAUUGCCAAGGGCUAGAAAUGUCAAUUUGUUGGAGUGUCUCCGUGCUCCUCCUAUAAAUACGUCGAGACCACAAGUUCUCAUGGCACUCUGUACACCUAUCAAUACCAAGAAGCAGAGCGCAACACAGAACAAUGGCUAUGGGGCGGGAGAGGCGCAUCAAGCUUCUCGUGGCAGUCGUCCUGCUCCUCACCUUGGCGAAAGGGAGCAACGGCAACAGGACAUGCACCGUGGCGGACCUGGAGAUACGGCAUAUCCGAGUGGACAGCUACAAGCAGGACGGCGGCCGCACGCACGAGCAAGAGCAGCAGCACAUGAACUCCGGCGGCGGCGGCGGGCGCAAGCUGAAGCAGAUGCCGAUGAUCAUGGCGGUGUGGGUGUACAACCACUGCCCGUGCAUGGUGGACAACGUGGUGAUCUACGCGCCCCACGGCUUCUCCACCAUCUACGCCAACGGGACCGACGAGAGGAUCUUCUCCAAGGUGCGGGAGCACCUCUACCUCAUCCACAACGCCGGCCCGCUCCUGCCAGCGGCGAGCUGCCCGCGUUUCCCACCCUCUCCGCCCUCUGCCGCCGGCCCGGUCGAUGGGAAGGCGCAAACUCAAGAUUUUAGCUGCCCGUCCACCGCUUUCUUCUAUACCUGGUACGAGGAGAUCGAGCUCAAGCCUGCCUUCCUCGUGCCUCACUGCUAGACUGCUAGCUUAGCUUGCUACAAGAAAUUCCAUGCAUCUCGAUCCACAUGGAUUUCCGUCCGUAUGAUAAAAUAAGUUUAGCUGUAGAGUUUGGGAUGAUGAGGACCAGACCAGUCCCAAAUCUACUCUUCUCUUCACGGAUGUGUAAUCCUCUCAAGGAUCAAUCAAGUAUUUGCAGAAUUAAUGUUUUGUGCUUUUGUUGAGUUUGUGUUAACGAUGACACACAUCGACUUCAUUUGUUCUAAGGAUUUAUGUUUCA